AAUAUCAAUAUCUAGAUUUGAAAUAUAAUAUAGGGCCUCUGAACCCUAAUAUAGGGUUUCUGUUCUUAUCUGUUUCGAUCCCCUUCAGUCAAUACAAGAUUAGAACCUUUUUUCCCUCCCAUCACGAUCGCGGAAAUACUUGAAAAUUCCAAGUUCUGUCUUAAAUUCUCAUUAAUAGGUUUGGAAUUGUUGUGUCCUAAAGACACUGCCAUCGCAAAUCUCCGGUAAACCUAGUUGACCACCUCCACAUUCUGUCCACGUACGGCGUGUCGGUUCCGGCCAUCACACCGCAAGUUUACUCCGCCUAAGCAUCGAUAAAGUGUCACAAUCCUGAAAAUGCUUUCUGGUGUGAAAUUCAUUCCCCGUGACCAGGUACAAAAUGAGUCCUUCGAUUCUGACUCGAAGGAAAAGAAAAAGAAAAUAUCAAAUAGAAGGAAAAAGGGUAAGAGGAAGGGGAAGAGCUCUAGGAAUAUCUCUUCUGAUGAUGAUGAGCUUGAUAAGAUAAAAAAAAGCUCUAGAAAGAAGUGGUAUUCAUCGGAUGAAAGUUCUUCAAGUUCUUCGUUUGACGCAACCGAAAGUGAAAGUGAGGGGGGUGAUAAGAAACAAAGGAGGAAAGGAAAAAAGAAAAGGGAGAGGGAGGUUGCAAGAAAAGAAAUGGGAUUGGAUUGGAUGCUUAGGUCUGAAAGUAAUAGAUCUGCAGUUUCAGAAACAAAGGAGAUAUUGUAUGAAGAAGUUCCAGUUGAGCAGCCAAAGAAAGCGAAUCCUAGGGAAUUGAAUCCAUAUCUAAAGAAUGACGGAAGUGGUUACCCAGAAGAAAGUGAUGGAGUUAAAGUUGUUGCAAACCAACUUCUUUCGUCUUCCCUUGUUGGGGAUGGAGGAGCAAGUUGGAGACUUAAAGCUUUAAAGCGUGCACAAGAGCAAGCAGCUCGAGAAGGAAGAAGCUUUGGAGAGGUUGUGGGAGAAAGGUGGGGAUCUCUUGGUGAGUUGACUGCAUCUGUUGCAUCGAAAGCAGCUGCCCCAGCUCGGGCUCAUCUACGUGCUAUAAAAAGUAGACAAAGAGGGGUAACUGAAGAAAAUUCACAAGAUUCUGAUAAGACUAUCCAAAGGGAUUCUAAAAGGGACUACACAAAAAAUGCCUCUGUUCGGCACCAUGAAAUGAAAGCACCUAAAGUUCAAGAUUCUUUAUCUUGGGGAAAAAAGCACAAAAGCCAGUUUUUUAGUGCUGAGGGUGCUGAGAUAAUCUCUGCUGCAGCAUCUAGCUUAAAUAAAUUCGCUAAUGACGGAAGCUUUAUGCGUGAGUUAGUUAGUAAGGAGAGUGGCAAUUCUGAUGGCUCUAUUUUGGAAAAUUUUGAAGCCGAAAAGGUUUCUUCAGAUGUAAACACACCUGGUGAAAGAAAUGCAGUAGUGAAGAAUAAGAUGAGUGCAAACCAGUUGGCAGCAAAGGCUAUGCAACUUCGUUUGAAAGGAAAGAAUGAAGAAGCCGAAAAACUAAUGGAAGAAGCAAAGGUAUUAAACACAAAGGAGGGCAGUGAAAAAGAUCAUACAACUAGAUCAAGAACCGAUGGAAGUUCUAGAAGGUAUGCUAUGCAGAGGAUAUCUGCUGAACAAAAGAAAGGAGAGGAUGAUGCUGAUAUGCAUCUUGCUUGUAAUAUAAUGCAGAACAAGCAAUUUAAGGUUUCUACUCAGGCAGAUGAUGAAUACGACUUUGAAGAUGGUCAAAACAGAAAGAGGAGAAAGAAGCCAGGAGGUGAUGACUCCAGGAAUAUUCAAAAAAAGAUGAAUGAAAAUCGAUUCUUGACCCAGAAAGAACGUUGCCUCUUUUGUUUGGAGAAUCCAAAUCGACCUAUGCAUCUUGUUGUGUCCAUCGCAAAUUUCACAUAUCUUAUGUUACCACCGUGGCAACCUGUGGUGCCUGGUCAUUGUUGUAUUCUACCUAUUCCGCAUGAACCGGCUACAAGAACCGUGGAUGAUAAUGUGUGGGUAGAAAUUCGAAACUUCAAGAAAUGCCUUAUUAUGAUGUUUGCAAAGCAAGAUAAGGAAGUAGUAUUUCUUGAAACUGUGAUGGAAUUGGCACAACAACGGCGCCAUUGUAUGGUUGAGUGCAUUCCUUUACCCCAAGAUAUUGCUAAAGAGGCUCCUUUAUACUUUAAGAAGGCAAUUGAUGAAGCAGAAGAUGAGUGGAGCCAACACAACGCUAAAAAACUCAUUGAUACGAGUCAAAAGGGUUUGCGCAAUUCAAUUCCGGAGCACUUCCCAUAUUUUCAUGUAGAAUUUGGUCUAAACAAAGGUUUUGUUCAUGUUAUCGAUGAUGAAAAGGAGUUUAAGAGUAGUCUUGGCUUGAAUGUCAUUAGAGGCAUGCUUCAUUUGGCCGAGGAAGACAUGCAUAGACGUCGGAGAUACGAGACAGUGGAGGUGCAAAAGCAAGCUGUUGCUAGCUUUUCUAAAGAGUGGGAACAUUUUGACUGGACAAAGCAGCUACAUGAAACAUCUUAACAACAUAUUUUGUUAGAAAAAUUGGUUGCUUUUUGUUUAAGGAGACCGCUAACGAAUGUCGUUGGGACAUUGCAAUCAAAGAGGUAAAUUUUUAUUGUAAAAUGUUGUAAAUAUAGGCUAAAUUUUUAGUAGCUGGUUGCUGAAAAUUAGCCUUUGAACCUUAAUUUCAUGGAGAAUUAGUAAAGUCUACUUUAUAUUCCCUCACCCUCUUGAGAA